AUGUUGUGCACACCAUGUUUGGCGGUUGCCAGAGCACUCAAAACCUACAGCACCUCAAGCGCCUUUAAAAAUAUCGAAACCAGAACGUGCAAUAUGGUAUUGAAAAACGACAAAACGUGCGCCGGAGCAAUUCAGAUGACUGCGUUGUAUCUCCGCAUCACUCCUCCAGAAACAAUGUGCAAAACAAUUCAAUUGUGUGGUCCUGAAACGAAGUCAGGCUUCAUUCCAGAUGUCAAACUUCCUCUAGGAGUUGACGCUAUUGGAAAACAAGUAUCUGGGAUAAUUGGCGGCGCCAGUGAAGAAAUGGGCAAACAAAUAUCCGGGGCUGUUGGUGGAGUCAGCGAAGGCGUUGGAAAGCAAUUGUCAGGGGCCGUCAAUGGAAUUAAUGGAUUGGGAAAACAAGCUCUUGGCGGCGACAGUCCACUGAAGAGCUUGCCGCGAUUCAGACGAUCGACGACCAAACAUGGUGACGAUUCUGAAAUUCUUAACAAAUAUAUCAUCGAACAUUCGGAUGAGAUUCUCAUGCUUUUAAAAGAUGUGACUGAAUACCUCGAAGACAUUCUCAAUAAUAAUCCGCCAAGCCUUUCCCAGUAA